AGAGAGAGAGAGAGAGAGAGAGAGGGGGGGUAGACUGGUAUGGCAGAAGUAAUGGACAGCUCAGAGUGACAGAACACAUACACAUACACAUACACACACACACACACACACACACCUUGUUGAGGGUUGAGAAGGCAGGCUGACCCAGCUGAGCUCUCUCACUCCUACUGAGAGCUCUGAGGAACCACCACCUCCCACCUCUGCUCCACAAUUCUACUCAAUUCUACACACUUUCACCUGCUUUCCUCACUGGAACACCUGGACCUUUUUUUUAUUUCUUCUAUCUGGAAGAUUUUUUUCUAAUAACUUUGGAUAAUUUUGUGUUUUGCAAAUUGCUCAAGGAGACAAUUCUACAACAGAUCCACAGGAAUACUAUUUUUUAAUUCAUUUUUGAUCUAAUUAAAAUAAGAAUAUUGUUUAAAAAAAGAAUACUGUGGGCAUCUCUCUGCCUAUUUGUUUCAGCCGAUCAGUUUCAGCUUCUUUCAGAGCGCCUGGAUCCGUCAGCUUUUCACAGCCUCAGUGUCUCCAAACAGACAAAGGUUCUUAACUGGAAGUUCAUGAGAAGUGUCUCCAUUCACUCUGAGGACACGCACCAACAAAAGAGUAACAGCAGGAGAUUACUGCGGGAACCGGAGCCUGAACUGCAGCAAGGAGACGGUGCAGGGCAUCACAGAGCUCUCCACAAGCUGUGAUGACUUCUACAGGACUCUGAAGAGAACCCGAAGAGCUGUUUGUGGAAGGGGUGUAAAACUGUCUGCAGCUCACAGUCCAUUCAGACGUGCUUUGGCAUCGUGAUGGAGGUCCCUGCGCUGGUCGUGGUGGUCCUUUUCUUGGUGGGUGGACUGUUCUCCUCACUGGAAGGCAGUGGUGGUGUGCAGGAGUUUGACAGCAGCGAUGAAGGUCCAGAGUCCGGGUUUCUCUCUGCCUCGCGGACACGUCGGUCCCCUGAAGCCCCUUCUCAAGACAAGUGCUCCUACACCUUCAUCGUCCCCCAUCAGAAAGUCACAGGGGCCAUUUGCGUCAACUCGAAGGAGCCUGAAGCUGUGCUGGAGAAUCGAGUCAACAAGCAAGAGCUGGAGCUUCUCAACUCUGAGCUCCAUAAGCAGAAGAGGCAGAUUGAGACUCUGCAGCAGCUGGUGGAAGUCGACGGCGGCAUCGUCAACGAAGUCAAACUCCUGCGCAAAGAGUCGCGCAACAUGAACUCUCGCGUGACUCAGCUCUACAUGCAGCUUCUGCACGAGAUCAUCCGCAAACGAGACAACGCGCUGGAGCUGUCCCAGCUGGAGAACAAGAUUCUCAACCAGACCUCCGAGAUGUUGCAGCUCACCAACCGCUACAAAGAUCUAGAGCACAAGUACCAGUACUUGGCCACACUGGCCAACAACCAGUCGGCCCUCAUCGCCCUCCUGGAGACGCAGUGUCAGCAGAGGGGACCCCCGGUGGUUGCACAUAGACCACCCCCUCAGCCCCAACCCCAACCGCAACCCCAGCCCAGACCCUCUCCACCCAUCAGCAAGCCAUAUCAGCCGCCCACCUACAACCGCAACAACCAGAUAACCAACGAGAUUCAGAGCGACCAAAACCUUAAAGUGCCACCGCCUCCACUACCCACAAUGCCGAGUGGCAGUGACAGUAACUACACCACAAUGAAGCCCUCAGGUCCAUGGAAGGACUGUCUAGAGGCGCUGGAUGGUGGGCACACCAAUAGCGGCAUGUUCCUGGUGAAACCUGAGAACACCAAUAAGCUGAUGCAGGUGUGGUGCGACCAGAGACAAGAUCCUGGGGGCUGGACAGUCAUUCAAAGACGUAUGGACGGCUCUGUCAACUUCUUCAGGAACUGGGAGACGUAUAAGCAAGGCUUUGGGAAUAUAGACGGAGAGUACUGGCUGGGGCUGGAGAACAUUUACUGGUUGACCAACCAGGGAAACUACAAGCUGCUGGUGACGCUGGAGGACUGGUCCGGCCGCAAGACGUUUGCGGAGUACGCCAGUUUCAGACUGGAACCAGAGACGGACUUCUACAAGCUCAGGGUGGGGCGUUACCAUGGUAACGCUGGAGAUUCGCUCACCUGGCACAACGGCAAGCAGUUCACCACACUGGACCGAGAUCACGACGUGUACACAGGUAACUGUGCCCACUACCAGAAAGGAGGCUGGUGGUAUAAUGCCUGCGCCCACUCGAACCUGAACGGCGUGUGGUACCGGGGAGGACACUACCGCAGCCGCUACCAGGAUGGAGUUUACUGGGCGGAGUUUAAAGGAGGAGCCUAUUCCCUAAAGAAAGUAGUUAUGAUGAUCCGUCCCAACCCCAACACAUUUCAUUAAGUGUGAUACAAAAUGAUGGGGAACUCAGAGAUAUCCUCUUUUGUGCAAUUCUGAUUUACGUCAUUAAUACGUAGUGAGCCCAGCUGGAGGGGUUAGGAAGAUAGAGAUAUCUGAAUAAAAGACACAAUGACUACAAUGGAAUUUUAUUUGUAUAAAACUACAAAUCUACAAUCUCUAGCCUUUUAAACUGUGCUCUUGAUAUGGGCUAGAUUAUUCUACUUUCACUUUGAGUGGUCAUAAUAAACAUGUAACUGUAGUAAAAUAAAUGUAGUGCCUUCACCAAAAUAUACCAAGGGACACCAUUAGACACAGGACACUCAAUCCAGUGGUAAGACAUUAUGAAUAGAUUAUGGUCUUUUAGUUUGUUUAAAGCAAAAAAGGGUUCAUUAUUUAUUUCAGGGAUUGCAAUUUAUUGUGUAGUUUCUUGAAAUGUUGAGUUUUAGUCGUGCAAAAAUAUGCUGCAAUAUUAGACAGAUAAUAUCAGAGCAAUCUAAUUACUUACAAUGUAUCAUUUUCUAUACAGUAUGACAUCUAAAAUGUAAAUUCUGCAUUCACAGAAGCCUAUAUACAGGGGUUGGACAAUGAAACUGAAACACCUGGUUUUAGACCACAAUAAUUUAUUGUGGUGACGGACAGUUCUUGUGGAAACAGGAGAGUUGAGGUGCACAUUGAAUUCUGUCGAGAUUUGAGCAGCCGUGGUUUUAUGUUUUUUGGAUACAAUCCGGGUUAGCACUCGAACAUCCCUUUCAGACAGCUUCCUCUUACAGUGUCCACAGUUAAUCCUGUUGGAUGUGGUUCUGACUUAUUGGUGGUACGCUGACAUUACCCUGGAUACCGUGGCUCUUGAUACAUCACAAAGACUUGCUGUCUUGGUCACAGAUGCGCCAGCAAGACGUGCACCAACAAUUUGUCCUCUUUUGAACUCUGGUAUGUCAUCCAUAAUGUUGUGUGCAUUGCAUUUUGAGCAAAACUGUGCUCUUACCCUGCUAAUUGAACCUUUACACUCUGCUAUUACUGGUGCAAUAAUGAAGAUUGGCCACCAGGCUGCUCCAAUUUAGCCAUGAAACCUCCCACACUAAAAUGACAGGUGUUUCAGUUUCAUUGUCUAACCCUUGUACUUUGUUUUGAUAUGACCUGCUUGUUAGCAAUACAAGGUAACCUGACAUGUCUCUUUAUUAUACACUGCCUGGCCAACAAAAGAAGGCGCCACCAAAAAUGAAUCCUGGCUUUGUCAUCAGGGAAGAAAAAAUCCAUUGAUUUAACCUGGUCUAUAUUCAUUAUAUUCAGGUAGUCAGCUGAUCUCAUUCUUUCAGCACAUACUGUUGCUGAACCUAGACCUGCAGACCAACUGCAGCAUCAACCCCACAUCAUUUACUUAGUUAAACACAGGUGACAAUUCUUUUUUUGGCCAGGAAGGAUAUUAUGACUUUCCAAAAAGACUACAGCAGGGCUCUUAAUCUACUUCCUUUUAGUGCAUCAUCUUUAGAAGUUUAUCUGCAGUAGCUCAGUAUGCUACAUACACUCUGCUUUGCUGAGUUUAGCCCUGCAGCAGAACUGUUUUCAUCCAUUGAAGAGUCACUGAGGAACUGUGAUUACAAUGCACAGAAUGUCCAAGAAUACCACUAAGGCCGUAUUCAAGGAGCUGUGUUAUGUCAUCAAUCCUACACAGUGGAAAUUUGAUUCUGGAGAAGCUCUUUUCCUUUGAAACGUGCAGCCUGGCUACAGUGGCCCUCAGGUAAUUUGAGUUUGAGACCUUGGACUACAGGCGCAAACACAUCAGGUAGAUUGUGAGGCUUCAUAAAAUGCAGCAGCCUGAACAACACUGCAAAAACAAAGAAUGCAGAUAUCCCCAACCCUAACACACAACAAGCACCAAGUAACUUAAACCUAACAAUUUUACUGCUGUCUAAAUCUUAGUCUUAUAUCUGAUAUCUAACAAAUUCAUGAUGUAAACAGUAGUGACCAAAAUUAAAUUUUUUACAUUUAAUAGAGUUAAACAGCAGGUUAAAGCAUUCUCAGAGGUUUUAUAGGCAUGUCUUUAUAUAAAAAGCACCUCUCGUAUUAAAUUCAGAUAUUCUGCAAUAUCUGUGUGUUUAUGAUAGCUUUCAUCAUACUCCCAGGUUUGCUUCUGAAGAAUCAGAAACUGUAAGUACUGUAUAAAUAUUAAAUGUUGGAAUCAAAGGCCCAACACAUUUCUGUAUAUAGAAUCAUUUUGUUGGAAAUAUUUGUAACAAAUGCAAGUGUAACAAAUGCAUCCUGUAACAAUAAAGAGUUGCAAUAAUAAUGUA